AUGACCGACGCCCACGACGUGCCGAUGGCCGACGACGAGUACGACGCCGACAAGAUCAAGAUGCUUCCGGGGGCGCUGGACGACGGCACGGCGGCGCUGUUCCAGAUCACCGACGAGGACCACACCCUCGGCAACGCCCUCCGCUACAUCAUCAUGAAGAACCCCGAGGUCGAGUUCUGCGGGUACUCGAUCCCCCACCCCAGUGAAAACAAGUUGAACGUCCGUAUCCAGACCUACGGCAACAUCACCGCGGUGGAGGCGUUGCACCAGGGGCUCGACAACUUGCUGGAGUUGUGCACGGUGAUUGCCGAGCGGUUCACCGAGGAAUUGGAAAACAACCAGUACGUCCACACCGACGCCUAG